GAGUUGGGGAGCCGGUAGGACGAUGAGCUGUUGGAUACAGGUUGUACAAGAGUUAGUGAGCAGGAGAAAACCGCGCAGGUCGCUUCUUGACAUUUCAGCUUGUUGCGUCCGUUUUCUCCCUCCGCUCCCUGAGACCUAUCAGAUUUUGAACUAACCUUGCAUUCCUGGAAUAAAUCCCACUUGAUCAUGGGUUGUGAUGAUCUUCACAGUGUCAGAACCAGGGGAGGACUGGCUGACGUGUCUGUCUGAUAACCGGUUAGAUCAAUAAGUAACUUUUAUAGCUAAGGGCGAAGCUUCCGGUUCCGGCGGGGGCCGUCCCUGGCGGCGGAGAUGGCGGCGACAGCGGCCGAGGCUGUGGCAUCGGGCUCUGGAGGGCCCCGGGCAGAAGCUGAAGCCCCCGGCCCCACCUGGGAUGAUUCCCAAUUGCGCAGUUACGGCUUCCCGACCAGGCCCAUCCCCCGUCUGAGUCAGAGUGACCCUCGGGCGGAAGAGCUUAUUGAGAAUGAGGAGCCUGUGGUGCUGACUGACACAAAUCUUGUGUAUCCUGCCCUGAAAUGGGACCUUGAGUACCUGCAAGAGAAUAUUGGCAACGGAGACUUCUCUGUAUAUAGUGCUAGCACCCAUAAGUUCUUGUAUUAUGAUGAGAAGAAGAUGGCUAAUUUCCAGAACUUUAAGCCGAGGUCCAGCAGGGAGGAAAUGAAAUUUCAUGAGUUUGUGGAGAAAUUGCAAGAUAUACAACAACGAGGAGGGGAAGAGAGGUUGUAUCUGCAGCAAACACUCAAUGACACUGUGGGCAGGAAGAUUGUCAUGGACUUCUUGGGUUUUAACUGGAACUGGAUUAAUAAACAACAAGGAAAGCGUGGCUGGGGGCAGCUGACCUCUAACCUGCUGCUCAUUGGGAUGGAAGGAAAUGUGACACCUGCUCACUAUGAUGAGCAACAGAACUUCUUUGCUCAGAUAAAAGGCCACAAGCGAUGUAUCCUGUUCCCUCCAGAUCAGUUUGAGUGCCUCUACCCAUAUCCUGUCCAUCACCCAUGUGACAGGCAGAGCCAGGUGGACUUUGACAAUCCUGACUAUGAGAGGUUCCCUAAUUUCCAAAAUGUGGUUGGUUAUGAAACAGUGGUUGGUCCUGGUGAUGUUCUUUACAUCCCAAUGUACUGGUGGCAUCAUAUAGAGUCAUUACUAAAUGGGGGCAUUACCAUCACUGUGAACUUCUGGUAUAAGGGGGCUCCCACCCCUAAGAGAAUUGAAUAUCCUCUCAAAGCUCAUCAGAAAGUGGCCAUAAUGAGAAACAUUGAGAAGAUGCUUGGAGAGGCCUUGGGGAACCCACAAGAGGUGGGGCCCUUAUUGAACACAAUGAUCAAGGGCCGAUACAACUAGCCUGCCAGGAGUCAAGGCCUCCUGCCAGGUGACUGCUAUCCCGUCCACACCGCUUCAUUGAUGAGGACAGGAGACUCCAAGCGCUAGUAUUGCACGCUGCACUUAAUGGACUGGACUCUUGCCAUGGCCCUGGAGGCAGGUGUUCGGGGCGAGGCAGGGCAAUUGGCACUCCAUGCCCAUUUGGAGGGACUUCUUACUCCUGCCUCUUUGUGCCCAGCACCUUCCCUCUGCCCCCCCAACCCCAAAGUCCUACAUUCAGUGUGUGGAGUCCCAGCUUCUGGUUAUCAUCAUGUCUGUGUGUGUUAGUCUGUCAACUUUUGGAUGUGUGUGCACGUGUGUGCAUGUGUGUGCGCGCACACACGGAUGUGUGUAUCUGUUCCUCAUUGCCACCUUCUGGGUCAGGGUGUCACUUCUGGCUCUCAGCCCUAUCUCCUGCAGCCUCAGUGCCUCAGCCUGAGAGAGAGGAGAUGCUCUUGGACCCCCCCACUGUAUUUGGGCUGUAGGGCCAGAAAUAGUCUGACUGUCAUCAGGUCCGUCUGCCUCCAUCCAGUUUUUGCAUAGUCAAACUAAGCUGGGUGGGAAUGGCUGCUGGGACUCUAACGGGGAAGAAAGAGAGGGAGGCUUGCCUUUGAGAGCCUAAAGAGCCUUCCUGUGAGAGAGGAUUAAAUAGAGUUCCGGCUGGGACCUACAAGCUCAAGCCAUACAUAGCAAGGACCUUGAGACAUAAGAACCAAGGAUUGUAUAUAAGUUCUGAAUUAAAGACACAUACAGUUUCUCCUUCAGCACCAGCUCUUCCCCCGGUGCUGUGUACCAAGGAACUUCUAGCUUUGUCGUCUCUAGGUUCUAGGGAAGCAGACCUCUGUGUGUAUGUGCAUGUGUUUGUGUGUGUGUGUCCACACUGGCCAGCUUCCCUGCUUAGUAAGGUUCUCCACUGCUUACCUUGUCCAGUGGGGCAAUACAGGAAGUACUGCCUGACCUGACCUGACCUAAAGCUUUUUAACUUGGAUUUUAGCCAUCAUAUGUCGGUCAGGUCUCACUGCAAUCUGCCUGAGACUGACUGGCUAGAACCUCCAGGCCCUAGGAUGCUCCCUGCCCCGGCCACAUCUACUUCUGCUGAGCUUCUUGGUGGAGUUAAUGAAAAGGGGUCAAGAUUAGGCAGUUAACUCACUACCUAAAAUCCACCUCAGGGCAAAGGCAAUGUACCCUUGCCAUUUAAAGCCAGCGCCUCUGCCAGACCCCACUGUAAUAUUCUGCAGCCCCUCAAUAGUCAGGGCAACUAAUGGAGCAUGGAAGUAGAAUUUCCUUACCUGUUAGUUGCUAGUCAUGGGAACCCCUCUCAGGGCUGCAGCGUACAGCCAGACAGCUGUGUAUUGCACAACUUGAAGGGCAAUUAUUUACAUCUGUUCAGUGGGAAUGGGGUGCCUGGGAUUGGGUGGUGUGGCCCUGUGUCUACUUACCUCCACUCCCAUCUCCAUCCCCUUCUCUGGAAGGGAAGAAGCAUUAAGUCUUUGGUUUUAUUUUUCUUCCACCUUUUUUUUGUUUUGUUUUGUUUUGUUUUGCCUAAAGUUUACUUCUAGAGCUAUUGCUCUCACCCCCAAAGCUCAGUUUAUGAUGCACUGAUGAACUGAGAGGAUGUGGGUAUAUGUGUGUGCACACGUGUGCAUAUUUGGGAAGGAGUGUUUUAUUUUUAGUGCCCCAUUCUGGGGUUCUCUGAUGCAGUGUGGGUGUGAAGACAUGAUACCCUUCUUAAGUGUAGUUCUUUUCCAUACAGUCAGUGCUGGGAAGUGUGAUUGCAGUGGAUUUCCAUCCCUUAAGAAAGCAGCAAAGAAAAUAAGGCAGAGGAUAAACUUAGCCACAGUCACACUUGGAAAGGUAGCAGAUUAUUACCUUCUCUUCAGCAUGUCUGCUCCAGUCCUGGCUCAGCCCUCAAAGAUGUGAGUGAUGUGCGGCAGGGAGGUGUGUGCCACUCAGCUGAUCCUUGCUGGGUGCUGUGCUUAAACACAGGUCUGAUCUAAGGUAGCUGAAGGGGAGGAAGGGAGGGAGAAGACUGACCUUGGAACCUUCAUAGGAUUGGUCCCAAUCCUUGGGUAAUAGCAACCCCUGAUUUUUAGACACCUAAUAUGUGCCUAGUGCUUUUAUCUUUGUUCCUCGCUAUCCCGCAAGGUAGGUAUUCUCACUUUACAGAUGAAGAAAUGGGCUCAGAGAGAUUAGUGCCUGAUGAGUGGCAAUCAGGAUUCUGACCUAGUGCUGUUUGGCUGCAAGCUCUCUGCUCCUCCUUUUCUACCAAACUAUGUUGAUUCUCCUUCCUUAACUCCCUCCCUGUAGCACGGGCCCUAUCCUCAGUUCUCACCCUGCUGGGCAUUAUCUAUAGGCAGACUCAGUCCAAGAAGGUGCAGAAGAUGCAGCCCAGGAUGAAAGCUCUUGUGGGCUCCAGCUAAAGAUGUUUGGAAAGCUGCCUGGGAAGCCAUGUUAGGAGUGCUGAAAGACUCUGGAGGUGGGGUGGGGAGGGGGAAUCUGUGUUGUAGAUCUGAUUGCAUUUCUGUCCCAUACCUCCUCUGAGCAGCCUUCUGCAUCUAUAGAAUUGAAAAGCUCUGGUUUUGGGUGAACAGAGUCUUGAUUCAUGUUCUGCUGUUGCUUUCUUCCUCCCCGGGGAAAGAUUGAGGCUCUUCCCUUCA